GCUCCAACCACAACAGCUGCUUCAUCCACAACAUCAAUUCCUUCAACCACAACAGCUGCACCAACCACUAUCACAGCAUCUCCAACCACAACUACAGCUUCUCCAACCACAACAACAAUUCCUUCAACCACAACAGCUGUACCAACCACAACCACAGGAGCUCCAACCACAAUCACAGCUGCUCCAACCACAACCACAUCUGCUCCAACCACAACAACAAUUCUUUCAACAACAACAGCUGCACCAACCACAGCAGCUUCAACCACAACAACAGAAGCUCCAACCACAACAACAAUAGCUCCGACGACAACAAUUCCUUCAACCACAACAGCUGCAACAACCACAAACACAGCAACUCCAACCACGACCACAGCUGCUCCAACCACAACAACAAUUCCUUCAACCACAACAGUUGAACCAACCACAACCACAGCUGCUGCAACCACAACAACAAUUCCUUCAACCACAACAGCUGCACCAACCACAACCACAGCUGCUCCAAUCACAACAACAAUUCCUUCAACCACAACAGCUGCAAAAACCACACUAACCACAACUACAGUUGCUCCAACCACAACAACAGAGACACCAACCACAACAACAGCAGCUCCAACCACAACCACAGCGGCUGCAACCACAACAGUUGCUCCAACCACAACCACAGCAGCUCUGACCACAACCACAGCUGCUCCAACCACAACAACAAUUCCUUCAACCACAACAGCUGCACCAACCACAACCACAGCAGCUCCAACCACAACCACAGCUGCUCCAACCACAACAGCUGCUCCAACCACAACAACAAUUCCUUCAACCACAACAGCUGCACCAACCACAACCACAGCAGCUCCAACCACAACCACAGCUGCUCCAACCACAACAACAAUUCCUUCAACCACAACAGCUGCACCAAGCACAACCACAGCAGCUCCAACCACAACAACAGAAGCUCUAACCACAACUACAGUAGCUCCAACCACAAGAACAGAGACACCAACCACAACAACGGCAGCUCCAACCACAAACACAGCGGCUGCUACCACAACAAUUCCUUCAACCACAACAGCUGCACCAACCACAACCACAGCAGCUCCAACCACAACAACAGCUGCUCCAACCGCAACAACAAUUCCUUCAACCACAACAGCUGCACCAAGCACAACCACAGCAGCUCCAACCACAACAACAGAAGCUCUAAGCACAACUACAGUAGUUCCAACCACAAGAACAGAGACACCAACCACAACAACGGCAGCUCCAACCACAACCACAGCGGCUGCUACCACAACAAUUCCUUCAACCACAACAGCUGCACCAACCACAACCACAGCAGCUCCAACCACAACCACGGCUGCUCCAACCACAACACCAACCACAACAACGGCAGCUCGAACCACAACCACAGCGGCUGCUACCACGACAGUUUCUCCAACCACAACCACAGCUUCUGCAACCACAACAGCUUCUCCAACCACAACCACAGCAGCUCCAACCACAACAACAGAAGCUCCAACCACAACCACAGCAGCUCCGACCACAACCACAGUUGCUCCAACCACAACCACAGCAGCUCCAACCACAAGAGCAAUUCAUUCAACCACAACAGUUGCAACAACCACAACCACAGCAGCUCCAACCACAACAACAGAAGCUCUGACCACAACUACAGUUGCUCCAACCACAACAACAGCAGCUCCAACCACAACCACAGCGGCUGCAACCACAACAGUUGCUCCAACCACAACCACAGCAGCUCCGACCACAACCAAAGCUGCUCCAACCACAACAACAAUUCCUUCAACCACAACAGCUGCACCAACCACAACCACAGCAGCUCCAACCACAACCACGGCUGCUCCAACCACAACAACAGCUGCUCCAACCACAACAACAAUUCCUUCAACCACAACAGCUGCACCAACCACAACCACAGCAGCUCCAACCACGACCACAGCUGCUCCAACCACAACAACAGCUGCUCCAACCACAACAACAAUUCCUUCAACCACAACAGCUGCACCAACCACAACCACAGCAGCUCCAACCACAACCACAGCUGCUCCAACCACAACCACAGCAGCUCCAACCACAACAACAGAAGCUCUAAGCACAACUACAAUAGCUCCAACCACAAGAACAGAGACACCAACCACAACAACGGCAGCUCCAACCACAACCACAGCGGCUGCUACCACAACAACAGCUGCUCCAACCACAACAACAAUUCCUUCAACCACAACAGCUGCACCAACCACAACCACAGCUACCACAGCAGCUCCAACCACAACAACAGAAGCUCUAACCACAACUACAGUUGCUCCAACCACAACAACAGCAGCUCCAACCACAACCACAGCGGCUGCAACCACAACAGUUGCUCCAACCACAACCACAGCAGCUCCGACCACAACCACAGCUGCUCCAACCACAACAACAAUUCCUUCAACCACAACAGCUGCACCAACCACAACCACAGCAGCUCCAACCACAACCACAGCUGCUCCAACCACAACAACAGCUGCUCCAACCACAACAACAAUUCCUUCAACCACAACAGCUGCACCAACCACAACCACAGCAGCUACAACCACAACCACAGCUGCUCCAACCACAACAACAAUUCCUUCAACCACAACAGCUGCACCAAGCACAACCACAGCAGCUCCAACCACAACAACAGAAGCUCUAACCACAACUACAGUAGCUCCAACCACAAGAACAGAGACACCAACCACAACAAUGGCAGCUCCAACCACAACCACAGCGCCUGCUACCACAACAGUUUCUCCAACCACAACCACAGCAGCUCCGACCACAACCUCAGCUGCUCCAACCACAACAACAAUUCCUUCAACCACAACAGCCGCACCAACCACAACCACAGCAGCUCCAACCACAACCACAGCAGCUCCAACCACAACCACAGCUGCUCCAACCACAACAACAAUUCCUUCAACCAUAACAGCUGCACCAACAGCUCCAACCACAACCACAGGUGCUCCAACCGCAACCACAGCUGCUCCAACCACAACAGCUGCUCCAACCACAACAACAAUUCCUUCAACAACAACAGCUGCACCAACCACAACCACAGCAGCUCCAACCACAACAACAGCAGCUCCAACCACAAGAGCAAUUCAUUCAACCACAACAGUUGCAACAACCACAACCACAGCAGCUCCAACCACAACAACAGAAGCUCUAACCACAACUACAGUUGCUCCAACCACAACAACAGCAGCUCCAACCACAACCACAGCGGCUGCAACCACAACAGUUGCUCCAACCACAACCACAGCAGCUCCGACCACAACCACAGCUGCUCCAAUCACAACAACAAUUCCUUCAACCACAACAGUUGGACCAACCACAACCACAGCUGCUGCAACCACAACAACAAUUCCUUCAACCACAACAGCUGCACCAACCACAACCACAGCAGCUCCAACCACAACCACAGCUGCUCCAACCACAACAACAGUUUCUCCAACCACAACCACAGCUUCUGCAACCACAACAGCUUCUCCAACCACAACCACAGCAGCUCCAACCACAACAACAGAAGCUCCAACCACAACCACAGCAGCUCCGACC